AUGUUCCCGCUCUUUUCUCUAACUCUCAAGGCCCUGGGCCUCGCGGUGGCAAUUUUGACACUUUACUUCAUUUUCAAUGAGAUUGUCCGGUACAAGAAUCGCCUUAGCGGCCUCAAAGGACCCCGCGGCCUACCGUUAAUCGGCAGUUUACGAGAGAUAAACAAAGCUUUCUCUGCUGAGAAGUAUCGCCAAUGGUCUCUGACCUACGGCCCCGUCUACCAAGUGCGACUGGGCAACACCCCUAUCGUCAUUGUCAACGGCGCCGAAGAAGCCAAGACACUACUCUUGAACCAGAGCUCGGCAACUAUCUCGAGACCGCUGUUUCACGUCUUCCACAAGACGGUGAGCAAGAAUGUUGCUAGUAUUGGCACAAGCCCGUGGAAUGAGAGUUGCAAGGCUAGACGCAAGGUUGCGGCGGCCGCGUUGAAUAGGCCGAAGGUUGCUAGCUACGAGCCGAUGAUAUUGAAGGAAACGGCCGACUUCAUCUCGGCUCUAAGGGCAGAAUCCGCCGGGGGCACGAGGGAUGCAAACUUCUCAGCCGCCGUGCACCGGCUGUCUCUAAAUACGGUCAUGACGCUCAACUACGGGAUGAGGAUAGCCAAAACCACUGACCUCCAAGAGGACGCAUUCUACGCCGAAGUCGUCGCUGUCGAAAACGAAAUCUCCAAGUUGCGCUCCACAUCCCGCAACUUGGCCAACUACAUCCCUCUCUUGCGCUUUCUUGAACCAGUCUUCUGGCGCAAGUCCGCGGCACGCGCGGCACAGGUUGGCAAUAGACGUAUUGCGUAUAAUCAUGAGCUCCUUCGCCGACUGCAGGACGCCGUUGAUCGUGAUGCCGACGUGCCCUGCAUCCAGGGAAACGUCCUUCGCGACCCUGAAGCGGUCGGACUGUCCAACAAUGAGCUUCUGAGUAUUAGUUUCAGUAUGAUGGCAGGCUCGGAUAGCAGUAAGCCCACGAUUGGAUGGGCGUUCCUGCUCCUUGCGCAUCGGCAGGAUAUUCAAGUGAGAGCGUUUGAGGAAUUCAAGAGGACGGUCGGGGAUUAUAAUCCUGAGGUGACGCAGGACGUGGAAUAUAUUCUUGCGCUUGUCAAGGAGGUGCUCCGGUUCUAUACUCCAUUGCCAUUAGCUAUGCCCAGAGAGACAACUGCACCGGUUGUAUACAAGGACAUCACGAUCCCGAGUGGGACGAUAGUGUUCCUGAACGCUUGGGCUUGUAAUCACGACCCCACCCUCUUCGCCGACCCCUGGACGUUCACCCCCGAGCGCUGGCUCGACGAGUCAACAAAGCACGCACACCAGUUCGCCUUCGGAUACGGAUCGCGUAUGUGUGUCGCCAUGCAUCUCGCUACGCGGUUAGUGUAUACGGUGUUGUAUCAUACGAUCGCGAAUUUUGAGAUUCAUCCGUCGGAGGGCGCGAGUGAGGAUGAGUGGGAUGCUAUCAAGGGGAUUAAGGAUCCGACUGCGCUAAAUGCGAGUCCUGGUGGGGAGAGGGCGAGGUUUGUUCGCAGGGAGUGGGAAGCGAAGACGGGUUGA